AUGUCGUCAACCACUUCCAAAACGGACCCGGCAUGGAAUUAUUUUGAAGCUGAUCCUAAUGAUAGAAAUACCACCACAUGUAAAUUUUGUCGUAAAGUAACAAAAGGUGGUAUAUUUCGGGCAAAACAACAUCUUGUGGGCGGUUUUAGGAAUACUAAAGCUUGUCCAAAAUGUCCUCCAUCAGUAAAAGAAGAGAUUGGAGAGUACAUGCAAAAGAAGAAAAAUAACAGGGAUGAGCUAAAUAUAGCAUCGUUAGAUGAUGAUAUUCAAUUUGGUGAAGGGUAUGAUGAUGAUGAUGAUGAGCCGCUGCCUCAAAGUAGAAAAAGACCCAAUGUAUCUACCGGAAGUGGAAGCGGUACUGGUAGUAUUGGUAGUGUUAAAGGGCCAACACAAAAGGGUCCACUUGAUGUUUUUUUUAAAGACCCAGAAGUUAAUGUGUUGAAAAGCAAGGGCAAAGGAAAGCAAACAAGGUUGGGUGAGCAUGAUUUUGCAAAAAAAGAGUUAAGAGCUCGAGUUUGUAGAAGCUUUGCACGAUGGAUGUAUGAUGCAGGCAUUCCAUUCAAUGCAGUGACAUAUGACAGUUUUAAAGUAUUUAUAGAAGCAGUUGGUCAGUAUGGUCCGGGUGUGAAGCCGCCUAGUUACCAUGAAGUCAGGGUUCCUCUUCUCAAACAAGAGGUGGAAGCCACUCGUGAAAUGAUGAAAGAUCAUGAAGAGGCGUGGGCCAAAUAUGGAUGUUCCAUUUUGUCAGAUGGCUGGAAAGACAAGAGGGAAAGGACAUUGAUUAACUUUUUAGUCAAUUCUCCUAAAGGAAGUAUGUUCUUGGAGUCUGUUGAUGGUUCUAGCUAUUCAAAGACUGGGGAAAAGAUGUUUCAAUUAUUAAGUAAAUGUGUGGAAAAGAUUGGAGUAAGAAAUGUGGUACAAGUGGUCACCGAUAGUGCUUCAAAUAAUGUUUUAGCAGAUUUUUGGAGGCAAAAUAUCCUACAUUGUUUUGGACACCAUGUGCAGCGCACUAUUUGGAUUUAAUGUUGGAAGAUAUUUUCAAGUUGCCUAAUAUGAAGAAGACAUUUGAGAGAGCUGUUAUGGUGAA